AUGACAUCAAGAAGAGUAGAACCCUCCGGAGUAAGUCGAGCUUCAUCUCAAGCAUCGACUGCAAGCACAAUGGCUCCUUCUAUAUGUGCAUCUGUUAAGAGAAAAUCGGUGCAAAUUGAAGCACCUAUUGAUGAUGUUGAUAUUGAUUUGGCUGCAAUAGGAGAUUUUGAUGUCUCAGCUUCAAGUGAAGAAGCUGAAGCAACUGAACGUCUUGAAAGCCAAAUGGAAGCACCACCUCCUGUUAUUUCAUCUACUAAGAGGAGGAAAACAUCAGCUGUUUGGGAGUGUUAUCCCGAAGAUAAGUUUGUUACUAUUGGCGAUGCUACAUAUGCGGUUUGCAAGUAUUGCCAAAAAAAACUGAAAUUGCAAAAGACCAAGGCUACUUCCCAUUUGACACGAUAUAUGGGUCAAUGUGUGGAAAGGAAGAAAGCAAUGGGGAAAGACUUGGUCGUGAGGGGACAAACAAUUUUGGGUUUUGAGCGUUCAACUUUAGGGGUGCCUAAUCCAACUGUGGUGAAAACAAAGACUAGUUAUGAGCAUCCCAAGGUUCGAGAGGCCUUAGCCCACAUGGUUAUGAUAUCUGAAUUGCCGUUUAAUUUUGUCGAGCACCCUGACUUCAUUAAUUUUUGUCACGUUCUGCAACCUCUUUAUGAAAAAGUUGGAAGAAAGCAAGUAAAAGCUGAUUGCUUUAGGGUUUAUCAAGCAGAGCGUGAGAGAUUGAAGAAGGUUUUUGAGGAGACUAGAAGGAUCAGUAUUACUACUGAUCUUUGGAAGUUAGAUCAUCAAAGUAUUGAGUACAUGGUACUCACAGUGCAUUGGGUGGACCAGUCAUGGUCCUUAAAUAAACAAAUUAUAAACUUUGUGCACCUACCUCUACCUAGGAGAGGAAUAGACAUUGCAGCAGCAAUAUUUGACUGUCUAAAGGGUUGGGGGAUUGAACAUAAGGUGGAAACUGUCACAGUAGACAAUGCUUCUGCAAAUGAUAGUUAUGUUAAAAGAUUAAAGGAAGAUUUUCAAAUGCAGAGAACUUUGUUGAUGGGGUGGUCGUGA